GUAUUUUGAGUAGAAAACCAACAUUUCUACAAUCAUUUUAGAAUCUUUUACAACCUUGAUGAUUUGACUGGAUUGUAACUGGAAACAUGUUCAAUGAACCCAUAAACUUGACAUGGACACUGAUGCCACUGUUUCUGGCUGGUGUACUCUGAAAUAUGUGGAAAGUGGAAUAUCAGCAGCAACAUAUCUGUGCAGUGAAAGGCUCAUCUGUUGUCAUUCCUUGUUCAUUUUACUAUCCUGACAACCUGAGAGUGAAGAGAGUCAUGUGGGGUCUUGUAAAGUCUCGUUAUUUCAAGGGUCGUUUCAUUUCUGACAGCAAUUCAAGAAAAGUCACCACAAGAUUUCAGUAUAUUGGCGACAGACAUCACAAUUGUUCUUUAAAAAUACACCAAGUGGAGCAUAAUGAUACAGGAAAAUACAGUGUCAAAUUUAACAUCAAAUAACGCAGAUGGCCUGGUAAUGUUAGCCCAACAUUAAAGGUUGUUGAUUUGAACGUUUUGGUGACGAAACCCAAUGGGAACGGAACAACGAAGGACGGCGACUCCGUGCUCUUUGCAGUCAGUGGAAAGUGGAAUAUCAACAGCAACGUAUCUGUGCAGUGAAAGGCUCAUCUGUUGUCAUUCCUUGUUUGUUUUACUAUCCUGACAACCUGAGUGUGAAGAAAGUCAUGUGGGGUCAUAAUAGGUAUAAUAGUUUUAAGGGUCCCUUCCUAUUUGAGAGCGAUGUGAUCUCCACAAGAUUUCAGUAUAUUGGUGACAAACAACACAAUUGUUCUUUAAAAAUACACCAAGUGGAGCAUAAUGAUACAGGAACACAUACCUUCAGAUUUAUAACUAACUCCAAAAAGGGCCAAUGGACUGGUAAACGUGGCUCAACAUUAAAGGUUGUUGAUUUGAACGUUUUGGUGACGAAACCCAAUGGGAACGGAACAACGAAGGACGGCGACUCCGUAAGUCUGACCUGCAUAAACGGCUGUGAUGGCGGUAACCUUUCAUCUGUCCUCACCUGGUUUAAGAAUGGAGAACCCAUAAAUGAAGGACCUGUACUUUAUUUAAGCAACAUGUCCUUCACAAACUCUGGAAACUACACGUGUUCUCUAAAGACACACUCAGGAACAACUUCAGCAGUCAUAACUAUUGAUGUUGAAUAUGGCCCUGAGAACACAUCAGUGUCUGUCAGACCAUCGAUGGAGGUGGACGCCGGCAUCAACAUCACCCUGAUCUGCAGCAGCUAUGCGAAUCCCCCAGUGCAGAAUUAUACUUGGUUUAAAAUAGAUGACGAUGAUAUUAUAGCUGUUGGACACCAGCCUGUGUUGUUCUCUGGUGAUGGUGGCCAGUAUUUAUGCAGUGCCACCAACAAACAUGGAAGUCAGAACUCCUCUGUCGUCACUUUAAAGAUGAAACCAUAUUGGGCAACAUUUACCAGAGAUGUACUUAUUGUUCCUACUGUUGCUGUGCUUCUGAUUGGGACCACUAUUAUUGCCUUCAGAAGACUCAACAAAAAAAAGACAUGGGCACCAAAGACAGACUGUGAGGAAGACAAACAGAAUGCAGACUAUGUCAACUGGCUCAUCUGUGACAAUAACCAAUCACAAGAGGGAAAUCAGUGUGAGGGAGGAACAACAGAACUCAUCUAUGCAACUGUAUACUUCAACAACAAAAAGUCAAACAUCAGGGAGCAGCAGAUGGACUCCCAUAAAGAUGAAGAUGUGAUUUACAGCACAGUGUGCAGGAACCUGACACGGACACUUAUGCUACUGUUUCUGGCUGGUGCUCUUUGCAGUCAGUGGAAAGUGGAAUAUCAACAGCAACGUAUCUGUGCAGUGAAAGGCUCAUCUGUUGUCAUUCCUUGUUUGUUUUACUAUCCUGACAACCUGAGUGUGAAGAAAGUCAUGUGGGGUCAUAAUAGGUAUAAUAGUUUUAAGGGUCCCUUCCUAUUUGAGAGCGAUGUGAUCUCCACAAGAUUUCAGUAUAUUGGUGACAAACAACACAAUUGUUCUUUAAAAAUACACCAAGUGGAGCAUAAUGAUACAGGAACACAUACCUUCAGAUUUAUAACUAACUCCAAAAAGGGCCAAUGGACUGGUAAACGUGGCUCAACAUUAAAGGUUGUUGAUUUGAACGUUUUGGUGACGAAACCCAAUGGGAACGGAACAACGAAGGACGGCGACUCCGUAAGUCUGACCUGCAUAAACGGCUGUGAUGGCGGUAACCUUUCAUCUGUCCUCACCUGGUUUAAGAAUGGAGAACCCAUAAAUGAAGGACCUGUACUUUAUUUAAGCAACAUGUCCUUCACAAACUCUGGAAACUACACGUGUUCUCUAAAGACACACUCAGGAACAACUUCAGCAGUCAUAACUAUUGAUGUUGAAUAUGGCCCUGAGAACACAUCAGUGUCUGUCAGACCAUCGAUGGAGGUGGACGCCGGCAUCAACAUCACCCUGAUCUGCAGCAGCUAUGCGAAUCCCCCAGUGCAGAAUUAUACUUGGUUUAAAAUAGAUGACGAUGAUAUUAUAGCUGUUGGACACCGGCCUGUGUUGUUCUCUGGUGAUGGUGGCCAGUAUUUAUGCAGUGCCACCAACAAACAUGGAAGUCAGAACUCCUCUGUCGUCACUUUAAAGAUGAAACAAUAUUGGGCAACAUUUAUCAAAGAUGUGCUUAUCAUUGCUACUGUUGCUGUGCUUCUGAUUGUGUCCACCCUCAUUGCCGUCAGAAGACUCAACAAAAAAAGGACAAGAGCACCAGAGUCCGACUGUGAGGAGGACAUACAGAAUGCAGACUAUGUAAACUGGCCUGUUUUUGACAAUGACCAGUCACAAGAGGGAAAUCAGAGUGAGGAAACAACAGUAGAAGUCAUCUACGCAACUGUUGACUUUCGCACCAAGAGAAAACCAAACAUGGAGCAGCAGAUGGACUCCAAUAAUGAUGACGAAAGUGUGAUUUACAGCACAGUGUGCAGGUACCAAGUCUUGAACCCUUCAUAUAUUGAGCCUCCCUGAUUUGACAACAAAUGCCUUGCACUAAAAGGUGUACAAAAAAUAAUGUUUUGAGGGUAUCCUUGUCUAAUGUGCUGUAUAUGCAUUGCAGUGAAGAUAAAUAUUAUAAUCCACACAACAAGGAAACGUGUGGUAAUAUAAACAAAAACAACACAUUGUUCAACAGAAUCUCAUUGAAUGUUUACCUAAGGUUGCAGUCUUUUUCUUAAGCUGAAGGUAUAAAUCAACAGAAACUUUAAUAGAAAUUAUCUUAUCUUAUUAUUAUAAUCUAAUGAGAAAUGUAGUUAAACAUGCUGGUCAGGGAAUAAAUGUUUUGAUAUGCAUAAUUUCUACAGCUCCAUUAUGUGUUGUGUUGGCUGCACACUGAGAAUCCAUAAAAUCUGACACAUCUCAGAUGAUAUCCUUCCACUAGUCUGCCUCCCACAGUUUAACAGGAGGAGGUGAAGUCUGCUGGGAACCAAAAUCAAUAUCAAAAUUAUCCAAAAUAUCGCAGCGUCUCAUCGAAGAGAAUAUGCUUUCUGGUGCUCAGUGUUUUACAAAUCACAGAUGCUUUUGUUUUGUGGUUUUGGCAUUGUGACAGUUAAUUUGCUUUCUGUAGUCUUUAGUUCCUGAGCUUCCCAAGAGUAGUUUACUAAAAUGAUAUACCCAACCUAGGCCACAGACAAUUGCAUAGUGUUGUAAAAGAUGAAAAUAUGUGAAAGAAAUUAAAUACAGAUAUUUAUGUGAGGUACAAAUUAUUAUAUUGGACAAAUGAGAGCAAAACAAAAACCACCGUACAGCGGAACAGUAAAAAGAGACUAAGAGUGAAAAUGAAACUAUUUUACCCACAGCUCUCAUUAACAUUUGUCUAGUUGUUAUUGGUACAACAGCUUGUUAUUACACUGAAAUUUUGAAGAUUUUCUUUUCAUGACACCUGCCUGGUUGUCCUCCAGGGCUUCAGUGAUACGCCUGCACAUUUAAUAUGCAAACAUUCAUCACUAGUAACUACGUAAGCUACCUGCCAUUCAGUGUAAGCUCUUAUUUGCAGCCCAGUGGUCAAAAUGCCUUUGACAUGCUUCUUGUAUUCUGUAUCUGAGACAAUAAACAACCCUGCAAACA